UACGGUCUGGCAGCGUAGCUUAUUUCAGUAUCAACAGGGGCGUGUCGGUGUAAAGUGCUGUCGUUGAUUGUCUUUUUUGUGUGGUAUCUUCACCCCCCGGGUUUGGUGAAGGAACCUCCUUUGGAAACUCCUUUUUUGGCCUUUUGGAAAUCAUCAGCAAACAAAAGCAGCGACUAGCAAAAACAAAACAAGAAGGAAGAUAAGCAAAGGAAAAGGAAACACUUUUCACAUACACAGCCUUUGCUCUUUUUAUUUUCUCUCUCCUUCUUCCCGUGGACGAAGACGCUGUUGUUGGAAAAACAAUCGCCCAAGCAGCUCGACACAACCGCCCACACUCGUGAAGUGAAAGAGGAAUUGGGUUUCUGGAGAAAAGAGACGAAUCGGAAACCGGACGAAAGAAAAAAAAAACACCUUUGAGAAUCCGGCGCCAUGGCGUCGAUAUCGCUCAAGAUCAGCAUCGUCGAGAAAGAUGUGGUCAAGACGAUGCAGUUCGAUCCCAACACGGCCGUCUACGACGCCUGUCGCGUCAUUCGAGACAAGAUUACCGAAGCUAAUCUCGGACAACCCAAAGAUUAUGGACUUUUCCUCGCUGAUGAGGAUCCCAAAAAAGGCAUUUGGUUAGAACCUGGACGUAAUCUAGGCUAUUAUGUUUUACGCACAGGGGAUCUGCUGGAGUACCGACGAAAGAUGAGGACUCUGAAAGUGCGCAUGUUGGACGGCACAGUGAAAACAAUGUUGGUCGACGAUAGCCAGCCCGUCACAAAUUUAAUGGUGGUCAUUUGCACCAAAAUCGGAAUCACCAAUCACGACGAGUAUUCGUUGGUGCGUGAGAACCAGGAGGAGGAGGCGGCGGAAAACAAACCCAAUUUCGGUACGCUGACCCUGCGGCGUAAGAAGGAAGAAAAGGAGCCACGCGAUCAGAAGAUGGAACAACUCAAGAAGAAAAUCAAAACUGACGACGAACUGAAUUGGGUGGAUCAUUCAAAGACGCUGCGCGAGCAAGGCAUCGACGAAAAUGAAACAGUGUUGUUGCGUCGCAAGUACUUUUUCUCCGACGGAAACGUGGACUCGCGCGAUCCUGUCCAGCUGAAUUUGCUAUUUGUCCAAGCGCGUGACUCGAUUCUCAAUGGCACCCAUCCCGUCACGCUGGAUAAAGCCUGCGAAUUCGCCGGCAUCCAGUGCCAGGCCCAAUUCGGCGACUACAUUGAAUCCAAACACAAGCCCGGCUUUUUAGACUUGAAAGAAUUUCUACCGCAGUCGUACAUGAAAGUGAAAGGCGUCGAGAAGAAGGUCUUUGGCGAGCACAAGAAACACAACAGUUUGAUGGAACUUGAAUCGAAAGUGGCCUACGUCAAGACGGCCCGUUCUUUGAGCACUUACGGUGUCACCUUCUUUUUGGUCAAGGAGAAAAUGAAGGGCAAAAACAAAUUGGCUCCUCGCCUUCUGGGCGUGACAAAAGACUCUGUCCUGCGCCUCGACGAACGAACGAAAGAGAUUCUGAAAGUGUGGCCGUUGACGACUGUACGCCGUUGGGCCGCUUCUCCCAACACGUUCACGCUCGAUUUUGGAGACUACUCUGAUCAGUACUAUUCCGUUCAGACGACCGAAGGUGAACAAAUUUCUCAACUGAUUGCCGGAUAUAUCGACAUUAUUCUUAAAAAGAAACAAGCCAAAGAUCAUUUUGGGAUCGAAGGAGACGAAGGAUCGAAUAUUGUGGAAGACAGCGUCUCUCCUUUCAAAGCGACAAUAGUACAACAUACAGCCGGUUCCGGCAUUAAGAGCGGCAAAGUGCAGACGGAAUCCGUGGCCAAACCUGCCAUUGUUCGAGCAGCUGAUGUGCCCCAAAAAUACGGUGUCGGCCAGACACAGGCGCCCCAAUUGCCCACAUUGCAAGGCCUGGCUACCGUUGCUCACGCACCACCUACGGUCCAGCAGCCGAAAGUGACGAGCGUGUUGACGGAGCCCCAACGGGCGCUCAUCAGUACCAUUAGCGAAGGUCAGAAGGCCGUCGAAGAGGCCGAACACAUUCUCGAUACGAAACUGCAAGUGCCUGACUUGGGAAGCGAUCCGGCCUCCCUGAAGUGGAAACAAAACCAACUGGACACGAACAAGCAAAAUGUCUCGUCCCAGAUUGCCGCCAUGAACGCGGCAACGGCCAGCGUCAUUACACUCACUUCGGGUCCACCGGAGGACGUCGACCACCAGGCGGUAGGUGCGGCGAUUUCGACCAUCUCGUCCAACUUGCCGGAAAUGGCCAAAGGCGUCAAACUCAUUUCUGCUCUGAUGGAGGGCGAGGAACACGACGACCGGCUCAUGGAUGCCACCCGCCGACUCUGCAAGGCAUUCUCCGAUCUACUAGAUGCCGCCAAGCCGGAGAACAACAAUAUGCGACAAAACUUGCUGUCUGCUGCAUCUAAAGUGGGCGAAACAACGUACGACUUGCUGAAACAACUGGGCGAGGCUGACAAUUCGAGUCGCGAGCUCCAGGACAUGCUUCUCGGAUUGGCCAAAGCUGUGGCCAACACGACGGCUGCCUUGGUUUUGAACGCCAAAGCCGUUGCGGCUGCCUGCCCUGACGAGACGGAACGUCAGCAGGUGAUCGCCGCAGCGACACAAUGCGCCCUGGCCACAUCGCAGUUAGUGGCCUGCGCCAAAGUCGUAGCGCCCACUAUUAGCGACCCGGCUUGUCAACAGCAUCUGGUUGACGCGGCCCGCGAAGUGGCCCGUGCCGUCGAAGGCAUUUUAGCUCUUUGUCAGCAAACGUGUCGCGACGAGAAAUUGAUUACGAAUCUGAGGAAAGCGGCCGGAGAUGUCGCUUCGGCUCUUAAUGAUCUGUUGGCCCACAUCAAAGAAGGUACAGGCCGCAAUCGAGCCACGGAAAGCGUCCACGAAGGAGCCGUUGAUAACAUUUUGGCCGCUUCGGAUCGACUCUUUGCCGCACAAGGUGAUGCUGCUGAAAUGGUGCGCCAGGCCCGCGUUCUUGCCCAGGCUACAGCUCAACUGAUUCAAGCUAUUAAAGGCGAAGCGGAAGCUCUACCCGAUUCCGAAUUGCAACAGAGACUGUUGGCUGCUGCCCGCUCCUUGGCCGAGGCUACCGCUCGGAUGGUGGAGGCCGCUAAAGCUUGCGCCAGCAGCCCCAACGACGCGAAUCAACAACAGAAGCUGCGUCAGGCCGCUGAAGAGCUUCGUGGCACUGCCGAAUCCGCGGCCGGAGAGGCAAUCAAGAAAAAAGUCAUUAAACGCUUGGAAACGGCGGCCAAACAUGCGGCCGCUACGGCUACCCAAUCCAUCGCCGCCGCCCAGGCAGCUGGACCUCAUAAUUCGAAUCCAACAAGCCAAGAUCAAUUGCUCGCCGCUUGUAAAGCUGUGGCUGAUCAGAUUGCUAAAUUGGUUCAAGGUGUCAAAAGUACCCUGGCCAAUCCGGAAUCACCAGCAUCUCAACUGGCACUGAUCAGCGCUAGCGAAGAGUUCAUUCAAAGUGGAAAUCCAAUGGUGGCAGCGGCUAAGACGGCCCUACCGACUGUCAAUGACCCGUCGUCUUCGAUGCAGUUGAACAACAGCUCCAAACAAUUCUCGACGGCACUGACGGAUCUGCGGACGGCUGUUACCAAAGCCCGUGAUACUUGUGGCCCACUUGAACUUGAUUCAGCUUUGGAUAUGCUUUACGGCCUCAAAGAGGAACUGGAUGCCUUCAGCGGAGCGGUUGAUGCUUCCAAAUUGAAACCGUUGCCGGGCGAAACGGCCGAAAGCACGGCCCAGCAGUUUAGCGCUACUUCUAAAGCCGUAGGUUCCAACAUGGCGCAGCUGCUGACGGCUGUCAAUCAGGGCGAUGAGAAACAUACGGGCAUGGCGGCCCGCAGUACGGCCGUCGCCCUCCAAGAUUUGACUGAUGCCGUCCGUGGAGUGGCUGCCACUUCGGACCAACCCGAACAGCAACACAAGAUAAUCGACAGCGCUAAAGAAGUGGUUGAACAAGCCAUCACUUUGAUUGAGGAGGCAAGAUCGGCCGCAACCAAUCCGCAAGAUGUGGCCACUCAGCAGCGCGUCACUCAGAUUGCCCGCGAUGUCUCGCAAUCGCUGAGCAAAUGUGCCGGAUGCUUACCUGGACAGAAGGAUGUUGACGAAGCCAUCCAGUCUAUUAAUUCGGCUUCCGAGAUGUUGAAUGGUGAACGAUAUCCCCGCAGUGACAAAUCGUAUCACGAACUGCAAACGAUGCUGGGCUCGGCCGCGGCCGAUUUGAACGAUGCCGCAGGUGAAGUCGUCGGAACGGCCCGAGAAUCGCCCACACGCCUAGCCUGGGCAUCCAAGACUUACAGCACUUCAUUCUGCUACGUCAUGAACGUCGGUAUGGAAAUGGCUGGCCAGACCAAAGACACGGAAACACGAUCGCAAAUGAUUGUUUCUCUCAAGAACAUAACUCUCGUUUCCGGCAAAUUGCUUACCGUUGCCAAGACGGCCAACGCUGAUCCAUCGGCUCCCAAUGCAAAGAGCAACUUGACGGCUGCCGCCCGAGCUGUUACCGAAGCCAUUAACGGCCUCGUCGAUGUCUGCACGGCCAGUGCGCCAGGCCAGAAAGAAUGUGACAAUGCUGUAAGAGCUAUACAGUCAACCCGCUCGCUCCUGGAGAAGCCCAACGAGCCGGUCAACGACAUGUCUUACUUUGAAUGCCUGGACACUGUUAUGGAGAAAUCCAAGAGUCUUGGCGAUGGUAUGACGGGCAUCGCUAAUAAUGCAAAGAAAUCUGAACACGAACCGUUUGGUGAGGCCGUUAAAGAUGUUUCAAACGCCAUCACUGGGCUUGUCGAAGCUGCUGCUCAAGCUGCCUAUCUAGUUGGUGCUUCUGAUCCAUCCAGCGUAGCCGGAAGAUCCGGUUUGGUUGAUCAGGCGGCCUUCGCCAGAGCAUCACAGGCCAUUCAAUCAGCUUGUCAAGCAUUGUCCAGCCCGAAAAGCACCCAGCAACAAGUUCUGUCUGCUGCUACCGUUAUCGCCAAACACACGAGUUCUCUGUGUAACGCGUGCAGAGUGGCUUCGUCCAAGACGACGAAUCCGGUGGCCAAACGACACUUUGUUCAAUCGGCUAAGGAUGUUGCCAAUUCGACUGCCAAAUUGGUCAAGGAAAUCAAAGCCCUGGAUCAGGACUACAGUCAGCGUAAUCGCGACAAUUGCGCCGCCGCCACACAGCCUCUCAUUGAAGCCGUGGAGAACUUGUGCACCUUCGCCAACUCACCUGAUUUUGCUUCCAUCCCUGCUAAAAUUUCGCCAACCGCUCGGCAAUCUCAAGAACCCAUUACAUCCGCUGGCAAAUCUAUUAUUGAUGGUUCGUGCUCAAUGAUUUCGGCCGCCAAGUCUCUAGCGCUUAAUCCCAAAGAUCCGCCCACAUGGCAAGCCUUGGCCAAUCACAGCAAGAGCGUGUCUGAUUCGAUUAAGAAACUUGUGUCGUCCAUCCGUGACAAGGCGCCUGGACAAAAAGAGUGCGACGAUGUUAUCUCCAUCAUGUCGAAUUGCGUCCGCCAGCUGGAUCAAGCUUCGCUUUCGGCUAUUUCGCAGAACCUGAGCCCACGCCGCGAAAAAUCUGCACAGGCUUUUGCUGAGCAGACAACCAAUUGCGCCAUGGAAAUCGCGGAUCGCAUCGAUAGCGUCCGCACUGCCGCCAAGGGAGAGGCCGAAAAACUGGGACAUGCUGUUACACAAAUAUCCCACUACUUUGAGCCAAUGGUGGUGGCCGCUACCGGAUCCGCUUCCUAUCUGCUCAAUUCCAAACAGCAAAUGAUGAUGCUUGAUCAAUCCAAGACUGUCACGGAAUGUGCUAUCCAACUUGUUCUGGUCGCCAAAGAAGCCGGUGGAAAUCCUAAGGCUGUGCAAGUCCACACGGAUCUGGACGAGUCGGCCGAAGCCAUGAAAGAGGCCCUGCGAGACUUGUUGUCAACAGUCGAGACGGUUGCUACAGAAGCCGGUGUGGUAUCUGGCCUUGUCGAUUCAAUUACUGCAUCCAUGAACCAGAUGGAAAGCAGAGCACAGACGGCCUCUGCUGGGGAUGAUGCCGAUGGUUCAAGUUUCGUGGAUUACCAAACACGGAUGGUCCAAGCAACGAAAGAGAUCGCUCGUCUAUCACAGGAUAUGGUUGCCAAAUCUGGUUCGGACAAUGUCAGUCAGUUGGGUCAACUUGGUGCUUCCAUUACCCAUCUGUACACGCAACUGGCGACCGAUACCCAAGGUGCUGUGGCUAAAACUUCGAGCGUUGAAAUUGCUAUGCGCAUUAAAUCGACUGUCCACGAUCUUGGUCGGACCUGUAUCGAUUUGGUUAAAGCUGGUGGUGCUAGACAGGGUGCCCCUGACGACGUCUUUACCCAGCGGGAUCUUUCCGAUGCUGCACGUCUAGUUGGAGAAAAGGCAUCGCAAGUAUUAGCCGCUUUGCAGGCCAGCUCACGCGGAACACAGGCAUGUAUUAAUGCCGCCAGUACAGUGUCCGGUAUCAUCGGCGAUUUGGAUACUACCAUUCUGUUUGCUACGGCCGGUACUUUGCACGCAGAGAACGAAGACGAAUCGUUCGCUGAUCAUCGUGAAAAUAUCUUGAAAACGGCCAAAGCCUUGGUGGAGGACACGAAAACAUUAGUGGCCGGUGCUGCCUCGUCGCAGGAACAGUUGGCUGUGGCCGCUCAAAAUGCUGUGGCUACUAUUGUCCAGCUGUCCGACGUAGUCAAACUGGGUGCUGCCUCCCUUGGCUCCAACAAUCCUGAAGCCCAGGUGAUGUUGAUCAAUUCUGUCAAAGACGUGGCGUCGGCUCUCGGCGAUUUGAUCCACGCUACUAAAUCAGCUUCGGGCAAGAGCAUCAACGAUCCGGCGAUGAUCUACUUGAAAGAUUCAGCCAAGGUGAUGGUGACCAACGUGACGUCGCUAUUAAAAACCGUGAAAGCGGUCGAAGACGAGCACACAAGAGGAACACGCGCUCUGGAAUCGACCAUUGAAGCGAUUGCGCAGGAAAUUCGGGCGUUCGAUUCGCCGGAAGUGCCACGUGUCAAAUACACGCCGGAAGAUUUAGUCCGAGUCACUAAACCCAUCACGUUGGCAACGGCCAAGGCAGUUGCGGCGGGUAACAGCUGUUUCCAGGACGACGUUAUUGUAGCUGCCAAUGUCGGUCGCAAGGCAAUUUCUGACAUGUUAACAACUUGCAAAGGUGCCGCUUAUUCGGCGGAGACGAAUGACAUUCGAGCCAAAACGUUGCAGUCCGGCCGCGAGACGGCCCUGCAGUAUCGCGAAUUACUUCAACUCGUGUUGCACGUUUUGUCACGACCCAAUCCAGCGGCCAACCUCGAAAUCAAGAACAACUUCCCGGUUGUUUCACGAAAGAUUGCCCAGUGCGUCACCGGCCUCGUAUCCAUGGCCGAAAUCCUUAAAGUGACAUCAUCGGGUGAAGACGGUUAUGGCCCGUGGAGAACGAGCCAGAGUCUUUACAGUCUGGGAACGGAUUGGGAAGAUCCCGAAGACCCUACCGUCAUUGCGGAAAACGAGCUAUUGGGAGCGGCUUCUUCUAUAGAUGCUGCCGCCAAGAAAUUGGCCAACCUACGCCCUCGCAUCAGUUCCACAAAAGAAACGGAUGAAAGUCUAAGCUUCGACGAGAUGAUUCUUGAAGCCGCAAAAUCGAUUGCCGCCGCAACGUCAGCACUCGUCAAGGCCGCUUCGGCUGCUCAGCGUGAAUUAAUUGACAUUGGCAAGAUAAGUCGCCGCCCACAAGUGGAUUCAGAUGAUGGUCAAUGGUCCGAAGGAUUGGUAUCGGCUGCCCGUCUUGUAGCAGCAGCCACUCAUAGUCUGGUAGAAUCGGCCAAUGCUCUGGUCCAGGGCCAGUCGUCUGAAGACAAAUUAAUUUCUGCUGCUAAACAAGUAGCAAGCUCAACCGCCCAGCUUUUGGUAGCGUGCAAAGUGAAAGCAGAUCCCGACAGCAAGUCGACUCAGCGCCUUCAGGCGGCCGGCAACGCAGUGAAACGAGCGACCGACAACCUGGUCAAGGCUGCCCAGCAAGCCAUCGCUCAAGAAGAAGAGCGUAGUCUAGUGGUUAAUCGCAGAAUGGUGGGUGGAAUAGCGCAAGAGAUUGAUGCUCGUUCUGAGGUAUUGCGAAUCGAACGUGAACUGGAGGAAGCCCGCAGUCGAUUGACUGCCAUCCGGCGUGCCAAAUACCGUGGUGAGGGCGAUUCGGACGCCGAAGGUUACAUGUCCGGCUACGAUUCCUCAAUGGAGACCUCAGGCUAUCGAACAAAUCUGAAUGGAUCCGAUAUUGAACGUAGUCCUGCUCCACCUCCUCAACAAACGCUGUCGACAUUUCAAGCUGAAAGCAGAGUCCGUCAGGUCUAUCAGGUUCAACAGUCGAAUAGUCCGCAUCAAUCGAACAGUCCACAGCAGCAAAUGUAUCAGCACCUCCAACGUGACCAAAGAUCUGUUUCACCUGUGCCUCCGCCAAAGAAGCAACCACCCGCUACACCGCCACGUCUGUCUUCGACCCAAAAACCGCAACAGCAACAACAACGUGACAACGAGUCUCCUCUGAUGAUCCUGCAACGCCAGCGCCAUUUACUGGAAUCGACAGCCAAUAGCGCCAAUAAUUCGAUGGUUGAAGACCACACACCUUCGUUCUCUGAGUCGAGACAAAGAUUCAACAACAGCAGCACCUUUAAUUCAUCAGUAUCGAUGUCGAGUUUUCAAAGUCCUGUUCAUGUACAACAUGGAGCUUCUGCCGGUGGAGAUGCGUCUUAUUACUCGGCUACAUCCAGUGUUCGCAGCAGCACGGAGCAAAUUCAUCACAGCCAGGUGACAACACAGAGAUCCGAGAGGGUGAGCAUGUCCUCUACGAGCAAAGUCUAUCAACAAUUGCAAGAAAAAUAGGUAAAAUCUCGAGAGGUGCCUUAGUGGGAAAAACACAAGACACAAGACACAAUAUUGGUGCUAAGUUAAUUGGUUAAUUUGGCCUCACAUUUAGAUUUGUCGGCCAUUUGUUGAAUUUUCAUAUUUCUCUAUCUUGAUAAUUUUUUUUUUUUUUGCACCCAUCAGCAAUUUUCCGGCUUCGAUCAGUAAUGUGCCUUUCGCAUAACACAAUCACAAAGAUUAAUAUCUUAGUUGCCAAGUACAUAAAGAGGUACGCGUUUGUUUACAUAGGGGAGUUAAGGUUUCGAAAUGAAAAAAAAAAACAAAAACAAAAAGAAAAGAAAAGAAAACUUACAAUUAUAAUUGAAAGCUUGAAUCGGCGUGUGCGUGUAUUGAAUAUACUAUAAUCUUGCGUCACAUCCUUCUAAUUCGCCUCGCCACGUGGUUUCCACUGUUUACUACUUCCAAUCGAUCGCUGUUACUUCUGCCCAUUAUUCGCCUUUUCUGAACAAAGUGCCAAAACAAGAUGCUCUUCCCCUCCAACAGAUAUCACACAUUUUUUUCCUCUUUUCUUGAAACAAGAUUUAUUGGAACACUUUUCUUGUUAAAAACAUUCUUAAUUUUCAUCUAUAUAUAAUCAGUCUCCUCUAAUACACUAUCAGUAACUUACUCUGA